AGGUACCUUAGUAGCACCUUGGACUUCAACGACACUCGUUCCUCGACAGAAUCCAUCUUUUUUUAAAUUGUCGAAACACAGGGCUCCUCUCUGACGAUGAGGUCCAAUUUCACCGCAAAUCAUGAACACAGUCGCAUUGUCGCUUGACCCAGUUGUUCUAUUUGACCCUACGACUAGUUCCUUCCUUGACAUCGCGAGCACUAUUUCCUUCCGCUCAUCAAGAGACCAAGUGUUAUUCUCGACUGCCGAUGAGCUGCUCAAUGGCAUUCAAGCAGGAGAGUUAUUUGUCCUCAAAGCCCAGACUUGUCGAUUUCUGGUCUCGGUUGCCCAAGAGGAAGACAAUGCAGAAGACCAAACGGUUUUUAUAGACACUAUUGCCGCGAACAUAAUCAGCUGCCCGAUUUGGGCCCAACUAGGAAUCGAAAUAGUGUACGAUGUGGAGAGUCCGUUCAGCCAUGGGCAUUUAUCCUUCAAAAUUGAGCAUGCCGGAUCUGUGUUAUACCCAACGCUACCUUCUGACACUACGGUCAUCACUAUGCAAAAUCUAACCUGUUCGUUCUCCUUUCGUCGGAAACCAUCCACCUCCGAAGGCUCUGUGAUAGUGAACUCUCAAAGGAGGUUGUCAAUGACUGGUAGCCAUGGUCUCUCUGGCCCAGAAAGUGACUUGGGCUUAGAUGUCUCGUCUGCGGGAUAGGGUCCACAAGACGACAUCGACGACCCUUUUGACAGCCAAGACUCAGGCGUCUGUCUUAUACAUUGCGAUGCUGCCACUGCGUCCAACAAGCAGACCGUUCAGGAUGGAGAGGUCGCUUAUUCCACAGGCCGACUUGUGGAAGCCGGCCUUGAAACAUUAGUCGUCGGGCACAAGGCCGUUGACAGUAUCAGAUUGUUAACAACAACGGGAACACCAACACUUAU